UUGCUUCCUCGGUCUUUCUCUCUCUGACCCCGCAAGAGAUAAAAAGACACCUCGUCAAAGAUAAAUCGGCACAGACGAUUUCGGCGGACCUAUUGGAACUGUAGAUCACGACAACACGCUGGCCUGAACUCACAGCGGAAUCUCCGACCAAAGUACAGCAACCAUGGCUAUCACCGAGAUCGGGCAGCCCAACCUGCCCCCGGCGGAGGGUUACGUUGGCAACAUGACCGCAGAGCAGGAAGAAAAGCUGCGUGAGAUGUGGAAUGGUUACUUUGACUGGUGCGCCAAGGCUACCGGAAAUGUCACGAAAGGCACCGGCGGUACCUUGGUGGACGACAGCGCCAACGACCCGAAGAAGGCCGGCAUCCCCAAGGGCGACGCCGCCAAAGAGGAGGCCAAGAUGAAGGAGGAGCAAGCCGGCCUCGACGCGCUGCUCAAUACCUACGGUCCGGACUCGCUCAAGCGUGCGCUGUGGGAGUUUAUCAAGAUGGAUAACCCAGAUGGCACCUUCCUGCGCUUCCUGCGUGCUCGCAAGUGGGACGUUACUCGAGCGCUGGGCAUGUUCGCAUCGUGCCUCAAGUGGCGCCUCGACAACGGCGUCGAGGACCUGGUCCGCGGCGGAGACCUCGGAAACAGUGAGAUCGAAAAAUUCCUUGAGCAGCAGCGCUCAGGAAAAACGUACGCGCUCGGCACCGCCGUCAACGAGCAGCCCAUCUGCUACAUCCACGUCAAGAAACAUUUCACCUCUGGCCAGCCCGGGUCCAGCAUGCAGAAGUACGUCAUCUACGCCAUGGAGAGCUUCCGCCUACUCAUGAUGCCUCCUGGAGACAAGGUCAUCCUCUUCUUCGAUCUCACGGGAUUCGGCCUGAAAAAUAUGGACUGGAAUUGCAUCUUGUACAUCGUCAAGUGCCUCGAAGCCUACUUCCCUGAGUCGCUUGGAAUCUUGUACAUCCACAAUGCGCCGUGGAUCUUCACCGGCAUUUGGAAGAUCCUCAGUCCGCUGCUUGACCCCGUCGUUCGCUCAAAGGUUGCUUUCACCAAGGGCCCAGACGAUGUCUCGGACCGCGUGCCAGCGGAGCGUCUGAUCGCUGAUCUGGGCGGCAACGUAAUCACCGGGUUCGACUUCCAGGAACCUCAGGACGGCGAGAAUGACAAACUGAUGGACACCGAGACGCAGAAGAAGCUGUGGGACAGCUACAUGGUGAUUGCAAACGAGUAUGAAGACACGACGAGGAAUUGGAUCGGGUCGAAAGGGUCCGACUCGAAGAUCACUGAGAAGCGCGCUUUGCUCGUCAAGAAGCUCCGUGUGGCGCACUAUGAUCUCGAGCCCUACAUCCGCGGCCUCACGACGUACCACCGCAACGGCACGAUCGAUGGCCAGGGAAAGGUGACCUGGCGCUACGUCCAGAAUGACGGCAACGAGAUCCGCCACGUUGCAGGCCGCAAGACGUGCGCGGCGACGCUCAAGCGCGAAAUCAGCGAGAUGGAGCGCGGGGUCGGCGGCAAGGGCCAGCUGCUCACUGCCGAGGAGGUCGAAGCACGGUCCCAAGCGGCGCUCGACAGCCGCGACUGGGUCGCCCUGUAUGGUGACUGGGCCAGCGCCGAGAAGCUCGAGGGCAAGAUCGAAGGCAUCGGAGAAGACAGCGACAAGCAGGGCGUCCCUGGUUCCAGCGUCAAUGCUGACGUGAUCAAGGAAGCACAGGAGAGCACUCCCGCGUCCCCCUCGAACGGCCAUGCUGCCGGGGCUGCCAGUGCAGGUGCAGGUGCAGCCUACCAGCACGACGAGGAGAAGUCCGCCGAGGCCCCUCAGCAGGCCCCUGACUCAGCACAGGAGAUGGCCGACGACCCGCAGGCUAGCAACGAGAAGGCCAAGUUGGUGCCCAAGCAGGCUGUCGCAGGCGUCGCUGCUGGCGCUGUGAUCGCGGGCGCCGCCAAAAAGAUAAAUCCCAAAAAGAGCAGCAACGGCGUUGCCGACGAUGUGAGUGCUGCCGCUGCGGCUACUUCGGCAGCUGCCCGAGACACACAGGCUAGCGCUGCACUGGCUCCCGCGGCAAAGAAGCCCGCGCGCAAGAGCACAGGCCUCACGUACAAGGCGCGAGGUCCUGCCGACGCAAUCGAGAUCGACCAGGCUCCGAUCAAGAUUCCUGAGGGCAGCCCCGGCAGCCUCACGGAUGAGCAGGAGGCUAAACUGAGGCAGAUGUGGAAUGGAUACUUUGAUUGGUGCCCCAAGGCCACCGGCACCUCUCAAGGCGGCACCGGUAGCGAUGACUUCGCGGAGAAUGCGAACGACCCGGGCAAGUCUGGCAUCCCCAAGGGCGAUGCCGCGGAAGAGGAGGCAAAGAGGAAGGCGGAGGAGGAAGGUCUCAAUGCGCUGCUCCAGACGUACGGCCCCGACUCGCUCAAGCGCGCUCUGUGGGAGUUCAUCAAGAUGGACGACCCGGACGCCACAUUCCUGCGCUUCUUGCGCGCUCGCAAGUGGGACGUUACGCGAGCGCUAGGCAUGUUCGCAUCGUGCCUCAAGUGGCGCCUCGACAACGGCGUCGAGGACCUGGUCCGCGGCGGAGACCUUGGCAAUAGUAAGAUCGAAAAAUUCCUUGAGCAGCAGCGCUCCGGCAAGACGCACACCGCUGGUACCGCCAGCAACGAACAGCCGAUCGGCUAUAUCCAUGUCAAGCUGCAUUUUACCUCCGGGCAACCACUGGCGAGUAUGCAGAAGUUCACCAUCUACGCCAUGGAGAGCUUCCGUCUGCUCAUGCAACCGCCGCAAGAAAAGGUCGUUCUUUUCUUCGACCUAUCAAAUUUCGGACUUCGCAACAUGGACUGGAAUUGCAUCUUGUACAUCGUCAAGUGCCUCGAAGCCUACUUCCCCGAGUCUCUUGGAAUCUUGUACAUCCACAAUGCGCCAUGGAUCUUCACCGGCAUUUGGAAGGUCCUCGGGCCGCUUCUCGACCCCGUCGUCCGUUCGAAGGUGGCGUUCACCAAGGGCCCGGAGGAUGUUAAGAACCAUGUGCCUCAUGACCGCCUGCUCGCAUGCCUGGGUGGCGAUGUUACCAACACCUUUCAGUUCGUGGAACCCAAAGAUGGAGAGAAUGAUAAGUUGAAGGAUAAAGAGACCCAGCAAAAACUGUGGGAUAACUACAUGUCCCUCGCCCAGGAGUAUGAGGCCAUAACUAAAGAACUGAUCACGUCGGAAGGUAAAGAGUAAUGAGAAGGUUGUCCAGAAGCGCAUUUUGCUGAAGAAGAAACUCCGCGUUGCUCAAUUCGAUCAAGAACCUUGGAUCCGCGGUCUCACCCAAUACCAUCGCGAUGGCACGAUC